AACAAUGUUAGGCAAAAAGACGUUCUGGACAUGCGAAUGCAGUAAAUUACAAUUACCUGGUAUCCGCAACUGCACAAAAGGCCGCCAUUUGAGUAUCCGCUCUGGCUAUUGGGCUGGCAACCCAUUCAACAUCCCAGAUUUGCAAGGAGAGCGCAGUCUUUCAGAUUUGGUGACCUGGGAGAUGCACGAGUCGCUUCCUUUUGAGGGCUCGAACACGUUUACGAGGUACGUCGACUACCCGUUCGAGAUAGCGCAAUGCAAGAACGGGCUGUGUUUUAAUCGCGACUGGAAGUAUGGCGAAGGUCAAUCCUGUCCAGGAUAUUCGUCUGGUUCACUGUGCGGUCGUUGCUUACUGGGAUACUGGCAGACACUCGCCACUCAGAAAUGCCAACAUUGCUCGCUCUCCUCUCGUCGAAUACGCUUACACUGGUACGUGGUCACAACGAUUGUGCUGACAGUAGCUAGCUUCCUGCUAAUGUUACGAUUCAACUUCGGUCUUUCCCCAGUACUGGAUAGCUGGCUGUUCCUUAUUCAGGCCUGCUGGUACGUGUUCCCCAAAGACAAAUCACCAAUCCAUGCCGCGAUUCACUCAAUACUGACAUUUGGCCUAGGCAAUCUUUGCUUCGUAGAGCCACUGGACAGACUGGACAGCGGCCAACUCCUUCUGUUGCAACCAAUGACGCUACUCUUCCUCUUCAUGACGGUGAGGGUGCUGAGGUCAUACAACGUAACCGGAAAGUAUGUUCAACGUCUGCAAAGUCACAUGCUGCUCGUACGCGUCAUGUGGUUCGUGCUGGUGUACAGCUAUUUCGUGUUGGUCUUCACCAGCAUGAAUACCCUGUGGUGCACACGCCUGAGCCACAGAGGAGAUGUUCUGGUAAUGGAUGGCGCCAUCAAGUGUUACAAUGGCAAACACAUGCUGCACACUAUCCUGGCAGGGCUGAUUAUCCUCUUGGUCAUAAUUCCACCGCCACUAAUCCUCGCCAUUCCGCAGUGCCAACGCAGCAUCCACCUGAAGGGAUUCAUUGACGAGGCCAGUAGUCUCUACAAGGACGAUCGCCGCUGGUGGGCCUCUGUGAACUUACUGAGAAGAGUGGCAGUAGCAAUCAUCAGCGUGAUGAUGACUGGAAGCGAGAAAAGUCGAAUAAUGGCUCUCACCGCAUUUUUCUGGUGUUAUUUCGCAUUUCACACUCAAUGCAGGCCAUUUCGGAGCCACAACCUCGUCGGAGUAUCGGCCAACACAUGGGAGAGCAUGUUUCUUUUCGGCCUUUCGCUUAUUGCAAGCCUCGAAUCCCACGCAUUCGACGAGGACGAAGGCUGGCGUCGUACGAUGCACACCGCGGCAUUGGCCCUACUGGGAGCCAUGAAUGCUCUCCUGCUUGUAGUAUGCGUAGUCAAGCAAUGUUUCUCAAGACAAGGUGGUUAUGGUCUGCUCAAGGACCUGUCGUUUGCAGUAUGGUGGCGCAAAAGGCAGAAUGCCCGGAACAGCGAGCCAGAUGUGGAGCUGACAGAGUCUACACUUGACGUCAUGGCUCGCGGCAUGAGGGAGCCACUAAUGAUAGAGCAAAUCAGGGAUGCGCAUGGCAGAGGAAGUGACCAUUCCUCACAAACAUCUUGCAUCAUCCUCUGACGAUCUACUGAUCCGGGACUUAUGUCAAUACCCGAAUAUGUUGGCAUUCAGCUGUUGUCUCUUUUGUUGAGGUUUUUGUUGUUUCAAUUCUUUAUUCCCACGAUGGCACCAUCACCAAUAAGAGUUGUUGUUGUUGUUGUUGUUGUUGUUGUUGUUGUUGUUGUUGUUGUUGUUGUUGCUGUUGUUGUUGUUGAUGUUGUCGUUUUGUUGCUGUCAGUAUUGGCAGCGGCGACGUCAUCGCCUUUGUUGUCGCCGUCGUCUACGUUGUCGCCAUCAUCCUUACCGUCGUCUCCA